GACGCCUGAGCCACCCUCCCGGUGGGGACCAGCCAUGGAGACGGUUGUCAUCGUGGCCAUCGGGGUGCUGGCCACCAUCUUCUUGGCGUCCUUCGUGGCGCUGGUGGUGGUCUGCCGGCAGCGGUACUGCCACCCCAAAGACCUCCGGCACCACUACGACACCAAACCCAUCGUGGACCUGAUGGGGACCACUGAGAUGCCGUCGGAGCCCUCGGAGCUGGAGCUGGACGACGUGGUCAUCACCAACCCCCACAUCGAGGCCAUCCUGGAGAACGAGGACUGGGUCGAGGACGCCUCGUAAGUGUCGCACACCCUGGCCCCACUCCCGUUGUGUCCCCCCCCCCAGAUCUGCCACACGCUGACGGAGAAGCUGGUGGCCAUGACGAUGGGCUCGGGCGCCCGCGUGAAGUCCCCCGCCAGCCUGGGUGACAUCAUCGUGGUGGCCAAACGCAUCAGCCCCAGGGUGGACGACGUGGUGAGAUCCAUGUACCCGCCGCUGGACCCCAAACUGCUGGACGCGAGGGCCGCAGCGCUGCUGCUGUCGGUCAGCCACCUGGUUCUGGUGACCCGCAGCGCCUGCCGCCAGCCCGCCGCCCGCCACCGGGUCGGGCGGGCGCUCGCCUCGUGCUGUGCCGACAAGGUGCACUGCUGUCCCCACGCCACCGUCUGCGACCUGGCCCACGGGCGCUGCCUGUCACCCGCCGGCGAUGUCCCCAUGGGCACCGCGUUCCCCGCCUGGAAGCGCCAGCCCCCAGCGUCAGUUGCGCUGCGCCAGGUGCUGUGCCCCGACGGCCGCUCGGCGUGUCCCGACGGUGCUACCUGCUGCCAGCUGUCCUCGGCGCAGUACGGCUGCUGUCCCCUGCAAAACGCGGUGUGCUGCGGCGACGGGCGGCACUGCUGCCCGCAGGGCACUGCCUGCGACCUGGAGCGCUCCACCUGCACCUCAGCAGCGGGGCGGGCACGGCCCCUGGCAGCCCUGCCCAAAGCUCGUGACGUGCAGUGUGACGAGGAGACGAGCUGCCCCGAUGGGAACACGUGCUGCCGGCUGAGCUCGGGGGCCUGGGGGUGCUGCCCGCUGGAGGAGGCCGUCUGCUGCCCCGACCACGUGCACUGCUGCCCCCAGGAAAUCAGGCUUCAUAUGAGAGAAAGGCUGGGGGGCGGCUGCCUGCGGGGGGGGGGGGGCCGCCGGCCCUGGCUGCGGAAGACCCCGGCGCUGGCCCGGGGAGGGAACGUGCAGUGUGACGAGGAGACGAGCUGCCCCGACGGGAGCACGUGCUGCCGGCUGAGCUCGGGGGCCUGGGGGUGCUGCCCGCUGGAGCAGGCCGUCUGCUGCAGGGACCGCCAGCACUGCUGCCCCUGGGGCUACACCUGCAACGUGGCCACCCAGAGCUGCGACAAGCU